UCGGUGAUGAUAUAGAUACGCAUACGAAGUGUAGUUCUGUUCGGACGAAUUUUAUCGCUACAUUUCAUAUCCAACUGUUCGUUACAACAUGAAGCUAUCCUAAGACCGAGUUUUCGAUAUUCCUUCACACGUGACCAUUAGCAGUGUUUUUUUUGUCGAUUUGUGGUAAGAACCCUUUGAACAAUGGAAUUCGCACUAGGAGGUGUUGCAGCCAUGGGAGCUGGCUUCUUCACCAACCCUCUUGAAGUGAUGAAGACAAGGAUGCAGCUACAGGGUGAACUAGAAGCCAGAGGCCAGCAUGCUGUACAUUAUAAAAACGUUUUUCAUGCUGGCUAUGUUAUAGCAAAACAUGAUGGUUUGUUGGCUUUACAGAAAGGACUUGUACCAGGAGAAAUAUUCCAAUUGGUGCUCAAUGGUUCAAGAUUAGGGUCCUACCAGAUGCUGAAAGAUUAUGGUUACAUGAGCGACAAAGAUGGAAAUUUGGUGUUCUACAAGAGCACUCUUCUUGGUGGUCUCUGUGGAUCGUUUGGGGCUUACAUAGCAAGCCCUUUCUACCUAGUUAAAACACAUCUGCAGGCUGAAGCGUCUAAAGACAUAGCCUUUGGCCAUCAGCAUAAACAUUCAGGGACAAUAGCAGCAUUCAAAAAAAUUUAUAGCAAAGAAGGGGUCAAAGGGCUGUUCAGAGGAAGUGUUUCAGCAGUUCCUAGAGCUUUUGUAGGAUCUACAUCUCAGUUAACUUCGUUCGUUUAUGUCAAGCAGUUUAUGAAAAACAAUGAUAUCCUCCAAAAUUACCCAAUUGGUGGUUCCUUUGCUGCCAGUAUGGUUUCAGGAGUUGUUAUGUGUGCAUUUAUGACUCCAUUCGAUUUGGUGUCGACCAGGUUGUAUAACCAAGGAGUGGAUGCUUCUGGUAGAGGUUUAUUGUACAGUGGUUAUAUCGAUUGUGUGGCCAAAAUUUGGAGAUCAGAAGGAUUUCUAGGAUUCUAUAAAGGAAUCGGACCCAGUUACCUUCGUUUAGGACCUCAUACAGUAUUGUGCUUAGUUUUUUGGGAUAAGCUGAGAAUAAUGUACACUGACUAUAUGAAAUGACCAAUGAAUUGAUGUUGGGGAUUAUGUAGGGCUUUUCGAAAUCAAGAAUUAAAUAUCUAGAACGUCUAUGCUCGUUUGACUCAAUCCAAUCAAAAUUAUGGAAAUAUUUCAGAUUCUAUGAUGUUAAAAAUAUUCUGGAAGAAGAUAUAACUUUUGGGUGAAAAUGACGAAGAACACUGAGUGUUACAUUUUCAAAACAUCACCAUUAACCAAGAUCUCUAGGAAUACUAAAUUUUAAAGAAGUUUAAGACCUGAAUGGUUACCUUUUUAGUGACCAUUUAAUAGUAUUUGGGAGAUGUUGACCAAACUUCAGUUGAUUUCUACAUUGUUUUCUGUGGCGCUCACAUCAAAUUUUCUGUCGUUUCCAUAGGUCAUUUCUUUAUAUAGCGCCACCUUUGGAAUGAAAGAGAAUUUUGGUCAAUCUCUAGUACACGUGUCGUAUGAAAUUUUUUAAACAAAAUCUAAUUGAUGAAUACUCUGAUAUUUCUGGAGCUCCUACUAUUAUCGUAAGCAUUGAAAUGAGAAGGGUAGAAUAUGAAUAUAAUCAGUAUUGAAAUCAAUUUGUAUCAUUAUAUUUACAAUUUGUCUGUUUCUGUUAUAUAUUUUUUGUACUACCUUUUAUUUGUGGAAUUAUUGGAUGAAAAAUUGACCACCUUUAAUGUGUCUUAAUGUUUUCACCAGUUUUUUCAAGUUUAUAUUCAUGUAAGUAUUUAGUUUCACGAAAUCACGCAUGUAGUUUUUUAUUCAAUUACUAAUUAACAGACUUUUGUCAAAAUAAUAGCCCACUGUUCCUUAAAAAUAAGAAUGCAAAAAAAACAAUUUCAUUCAGUUUAUAAUUCAUUGUAGACUUGUUAUAUAGCUAUUAUAUUGUUCGAACAGUUAUUUUUGUAAUAUGAAUCGAUGAAUGGUGAAAUAUAUUUUUUUUUAUAAAAGA